AAACGUUAGCAUGUCUUAUAAGGUUCGGCCUACUUUCCUGCGCUGUAGAGCUGGACGGGUGUGUUAAUGCACUUCUGCGUGCUUAAAACAAAAUCUACCCAAGUUCAAAAGACAGUGAUCAUCAGGAUUUAAGUGCAUUUGAAGUAAAAAAAAAAAAAAAAAACGUUUUAAAAAAUAGCGUCGACACGAAAGGGAAGAUUUUGGGAACGAAGUGAAGCAAGGAGCUAGCUUUUUGUGAGAGCUUACCUCUGAAGUGUCUAACCUGUGGGAAAAAAGAAAAACAAAUAUUUUAAAGUUGAUUGAAACGAAACAAUGUCACCGACAACAGUGAUGUACCAGACCCCACAGGCAGUAAAUCACCAAGUAAGCAGCGCAGCGACACCUGUUGGAGGUUCUUCAUCAUUUCAUGCUGAAAGGUACAUGCACAGGGCUGGUGUGGGACUUGGUAUAACCCAAAUUGUUCUUGGGGUUAUCUCUGUCAGCACUGGUAUUGUUUUGGUAUUGCUUCCGGAAUCUUACAAGCAUGGAGCAGGGAUAUGGUGUGGCUUUCUGUUCAUUGUGACAGGAGCACUGGGAAUUUUGGCACGCAGGAAAAAAAUAAGGGAUUGGUCAUCUCAUAUAUGGUCAUGUGCAUCAUAUCAGCCGUUAUUUCAUGGACAGUCUUGAUAGGUUUCUCUUGGGCUGAGAUCCUUAUGAAAAAAGUCGAUCCUCGCGUUCCGUAUAAAUAUCAGAUAUCCUUUGCAAAUGAUAUCAGGGGAUGGUCAGUGUUUUUGAUUUUCGUGGCCUUUACAGAGGGGGUGAUAGCAGUAAUCUCAUCAGCUAUUUGUUGCCAUGGUGUCUGUUGCUGUUCUGAGCCUUCUAGUCAGGGUACUGUCAUCUAUACAGUACCCAAUAAUGCACAAAAUACUGGGGCUUACAUGGUACCUGGACAACAAGGCUUUGUGUACUAUCCACAGCAGGGGCCCCAAGUUGGAGGUUACAACGCCCAGCCUAUGUAUGUCCAGGGUCCUUUAGCGUCCAACAUUGCCCAACAACAACAUCAACAACAGCAGCAGCAGUGGCCACAACAACAACCACCGCAGGCCCAGCCUAUGCAUGCCCAGAGUCCUACAGCUUACAACAUUGCCCAACAACAACAUCAACAACAGCAGCAGCAGUGGCCACAACAACAACCACCGCAGGCCCAGCAACAGCCAGUAGAUGGCGCCACAGGACAGCUGGCAGGACCUCUGCCACAGAAGCAGUAACUGCUGGAGGAAAUUGGUCAAUUUUUUUGUUACGGUAGCAUUUAUUAAAUGCGGGGCUGCAGCUUUAUCUUAUGAAAGUCAACUGUGCAUGUAUAUAUAACAGGGUUGAGGGGAUUUGAUAUGUUAUGAUUCUUUCAUUAUCAGUAUAGAUAAUCCAGAAAUAGACAUUGUUUUGUGAGGAGGUAAUGCUGUCAUACCAAGAAAUCCAUCAGAAUUAAUGUGCUCAUUUGAGCUAUUGGUAGAACAGCAGCUUUUCUGAAAUAUCUGUAAUAAUCUGUGGAUUGACCAGUAUACAACUUGCUUCAGCUGAAAAACAAUUUAGUAAUUUCAAAACAGGCUGUAAACUGUUGAGUGUCCAAAGAUUUUGCGAAAGUUUGUGAAUAACAGUCAAUAUGUAAAACUAGGAUAUUAAUUUGUCUUGCCUGAAGCUGCCACACUUCACCUGUAUGUGUUCACAAAGUGUUUACAAUUUAUUUAUGGUUUGGGAUUUGAUGUUUGUUGUCUGUUUUAUAUUCAGAUUUGAACUAGACCCAAUAUUUUAUGUAUGUUUUAUAUCCAAGAGACCAGAAUGCACAUGUACAUGGGUCUGUCACAGUGUUAGCAAGCCCUUCAGAUAAAAGUCCUACAGGACUCUAUAGGAAUCCUACAGGACUCCAUGGUACUGUCAUCUAGAACUCUCUAGUAAUUUGACAGGACUCUGUAGGAAUCCUACAGGACUCCAUGGGACUGUCAUCUAGAACUCUCUAAUAAUUUGACAGGACUCUAUAGGAAUCCUACAGGACUGUCAUCUAGGACUCUCUAGUAAUUUUACAGGACUCUAUAGGAAUCCUACAGGACUGCAUGGUACUAUCAUCUAGGACUCUCUAGUAAUUUGACAGGACUCUAUAGGAAUCCUACAGGACUCCAUGGGACUGUCAUCUAGAACUCUCUAAUAAUUUGACAGGACUCUAUAGGAAUCCUACAGACUGCAUGGUACUAUCAUCUAGGACUCUCUAGUAAUUUGACAGGACUCUAUAGGAAUCCUACAGGACUCCAUGGGACUGUCAUCUAGAACUCUCUAAUAAUUUGACAGGACUCUGUAGGAAUCCUACAGGACUGUCAUCUAGGACUCUCUAGUAAUUUGACAGGACUCUAUAGGAAUCCUACAGGACUGCAUGAGACUCUAUCAGAAUCCUAUGAAAUUCUCUGAGAUUUCCAUGAAUCCCACAAAACACUAUACGAACCCAACAGGACUCUAUUGGACACUAUAGGGACCCCAAAUAUCCCAUAGCACCCUACCGUCCUAUUGGAUUCCUGUAACAAAUAUCCCAUAGCAUCCUACCGUCCUAUUGGAUUCCUGUAACAAAUAUCCCAUAGCACCCUACUGAAUGUCCUGUAGGUUCUUAUAAUUAAGAUUCGGGAACAAUUUCCUAUAGAACAUCUUUUAGGACAAUUGAAAGGACCUUAUAAGAAAUUCAGGAAGAGUUAUGAUAAUCAUGUAUUAUAACUUUGUAUCUUAUCCAAGAGCUUUACAAGUUUAUUGAAAAAUUAACACUAUAAAGAAAGAGAUUUUUUACUUUUGGAAGACAAAAUGAAAACUUACAUAUCAGAUGGAAUAUUAAUAUACACAUUUUGAAUAUCUGAAAGAUAUUUGGCUCCAGAAUAUCAAAAUAUAUCUCUAAAAAACAUAUUUUGGUUCAUUCUGUAAAUUAAUUUUCUCUCGCACUCAUAAAUGGUGCAUGACUGUCUCUAUGAAAGGUAUGAAAGAAAUUUUGGAUCAUGUGACCCAAUGCUGUUUGUUCACAUGUUAUUUUUUGUGUGUUUUGAUAGUAAAUGUAUCUAUUUAUACACAAACUACAUACAAUUGAAGCAAUCUCAUAGGCUCAGCCAUGCUGCAUAUCAUGAGUACAUGCCAUGUUUAUUUUAUUGUAAUAACUUACAAAUCUGGGGUUGUCACCCUUAUAAACACAUUUAUUUUUCUUAUGCUCUAUGUGAAAGGAGUCUUAUACUUUUAAUGGAAUGUAAAAUGAACCAAUUUUUCUUGAAAGAAAUAAAAAACAUGUUUUU